AUGGCCGACCAACCGCCCGAGCAACCAGAGCACCAAGACAAGGCCAUGUCCGACCAACCAGACAACGCGACAUCUGAGCAGCAAGACAGCGCAAUGCCUGAUGCUGCACCUGCACCUCCACCCGCUGCUGCGCCGGACGCCAUGUCUGACGCCGACAAGAUCCGUGCAAAGCGCCUUGCAAAGCUGGGCGGCCCUGCGACUCCGAAUGGUCCUUCACGGCCGCCCUCGACCGCACCUGAAGCCGCAUCAUCGGGCACUUCAUCCCCAAAGCCCACCGAAUCACCGGCGCCACCACCGAAGCCCACUCCGACCGCGAAUCCCUUCUCCCAAUUAGGUGUCAAGACCGACGAGCCGCCUAAGAAGCGCAUCACUAUCAAACCCGCACAGUCGUCGAGCAGUGGCCCCGCACCGCAGACCGCCCAGAAGGCGCCGGAAUUGAGCAUAGAAGCGUGGGAGGAUCGGACAAUCAGCAGCAUUUUUAGGGUAACUCUGGACGAGAGCCAUACGCACGAUGCACACGGACAUAAGCUACACUUUGCCGAAAGCGCCAGACGCGAUCUUGAGGAACAGGGCAGGCCAAUCCGCUUGACUACAGAUCAACUGGAUUCCGUCAUAAUGGAAGCAGCGUCAGAAAAGCCACAGGGCUAUGCGUUGGAAUACACCAUGAGUUGCUGGAAACGCGUUUCCAAAGCGCUCAAGAACCUCGCCAAUAAGACUGGUCCACGGUUCGAAGUUGUCAAAGAGGCCCGACGAGUGUGCUUCAGCUAUUGCAUCUUUGCAGCUAGCAUGCCAGAAAUGUUCCAGGAAGACCCACCCGUGGAGAACGCACUGGCUGAUCGCUUACUUCUCGGACCUGACGACGAGCGCGGUAUCUGCUACGAGUUCCUCACUGAAGCGAGCCAGCGCAUAGGUGAAGACGAUAUCAUCAAGGACACACUUGUGGAAGCUAUGGUGGAUGUCAGCCGGCGCCUCUCCAAGGUUUCUAUGAAUGGAGACUACAAGGCACACAUGUUGAUCCUGCGGGUAUUCGUCCGAUUUCCGCCGCUCGUAGCUGCUAUGGCGCAGUCUGAAACGUUUCUGCCUGCUUACAUCGAGGCUCAACAUAUCGAAACACACAGCUUCUUAGGGCCCUUCUUCCGGUUAUCUCCCAUGCAGGCUGACGUAGCCAUGAACUACUUCUCUGGCUCCGCGGCUGUCGACAAGGGACUCAUCGUCAACGCGCAACGAGCUGUCCGCAUGACACUUCAAACCCACCAAGAAGAACUGCUAGACAUUACAAACACCUUCAUCAAGAACAAGGAAUCUCGUGAGAAGAUGCUAGACUGGUUAGCGCUCACAGUCAAUAAGAACCACAAGAGGCGUGCGAUACAAGUGGACAGGAAAACAGUAUCAUCAGACGGCUUCAUGGUCAAUGUCACAGUGAUUUUAGAUCGUCUCUGUGAGCCUUUCAUGGACGCUACCUUUUCCAAGAUCGAUCGCAUCGACAUUGACUACCUUCGCCGAUCACCCCGCGUUGAUAUCCAAGAUGAAACAAAGAUCAAUGCCGACCAGAAUGCAUCGGAUGAGUUCUACAGUACCAAAGCCCCAGGUACCAACAACUUCAUCAGCGAGGUCUUCUUCUUGACGGUGGCCGCUCAUCACUAUGGUUUGGAGGCAGCCAAUACCAAGUUGGGUACCCUUCAAAAGGACGUAAAGUACCUUGAGAAGGAGCUUGCUAAGCUCGAGCCCGAGCGACCCAAGUACAUGACUAGUCAGGCGCAGCUGGCUGUCUUUGACAACCACAUCAAGAAGAUGAAAGACCAGAUCGAGAAGGCCAAGUGUAGCAUCCUGGCCAUUCAAGGUGUGUUGCUUGAUGAGACUACACAAGCUCGGUCCAUGCAACUGAUGCGAUACGUCAUCGUGUGGCUUCUACGGCUUGCUUCGCCCGGUACCAACUUUCCUAGAUCAGAGCUUCAGCUGCCUCUACCCGAAGAACAACCACUGCAGUUCAGGUGUCUACCUGAAUAUUUCGUUGAGGACAUUGUUGGAAACUUCAAGUUCAUCACUCGCUACAUGCCGCAUAUUAUCACAACCACUCAGUGCGAGGAAAUUGUCAAGAUCUGCAUUACCUUCCUGAGAAGCUCAGAGUACAUCAAGAACCCAUACUUAAAGUCUGGUCUUGUCACCAUUCUAUUCCACGGAGUAUGGGAGAUUCACGGUAAGCCAAAGGGCGUGCUUGGUGACACGCUAUUUGCACACGACUUCGCCAUGAAGCACUUGCUCCACGCCCUGAUGAAGUUCUACAUCGAAUGUGAGAGCACCGGAACGCAUACGCAGUUCUUUGACAAGUUCAACAUUCGAUACGAGAUCUUCCAGGUCAUCAAGUGCAUUUGGCCGAACCCAGUGUACCGCGAGCACCUUGCGACUGAAGCGCGCGUCAACUUGGAUUUCUUCGUUCAAUUCGUCAACCUGCUCCUCAACGAUGUAACAUUCGUCCUGGAUGAGUCAUUCACCGCUUUCAAGGAGAUCCACGAUCUAUCCCGAGAGCUUAAGAAUGCCCCAGCAAACAUGGAGCAGACGGAGCGUCAAGAGAGGGAAGAAAAGCUGUCAUCAGCCCAGGGCAAGGCCAAGAGCUACAUGCAACUCACCAACGAAACCGUCGCCAUGUUGAAGCUCUUCACCGAAGCCCUCGCCGACUCCUUCACCAAGAAGGAAGUCGUCGUGCGCCUCGCCCACAUGCUAGACUACAACCUCGAAGCCCUCGUCGGCCCCAAGAAAUCCCAACUCAAAGUCGAAAACCCCGAGGAAUACGGCUGGAACCCACGCAACAUGCUCGCAGAAGUCACAGACGUCUACCUCAACCUCGAGUCCAAACAAUCCUUCAUCGACGCCGUCGCCACAGACGGCCGCUCCUACCGGCCCGAAUACAUGGACGAAGCCUACAAGAUCCUCCAACGCUUCAAACUCAAAACACCCGAGCAAAUGACACAAUGGGAAAACAUGUCUGAGCGUAUCAAGACUGCUAAAGAACAAGCUGAUAUGGUCGAAGCUGACCUUGGAGAAAUUCCUGAUCAGUACCUCGAUCCUAUUUUGGCGUCGCUCAUGGAAGACCCCGUCACGCUUCCUGUUAGCAAACAGAUUGUUGAUAGAGGUACUAUCCAGGCGCAUCUGCUGAGUGAUCCGCAUGACCCGUUUAAUCGGACGCCGCUUAAGAUUGAGGAUGUCAUUCCGAAUGAUGAGCUCAGGGAGGAGAUUCAGAGUUGGAAGGCUAAUUUGUUGGCGGAGAAGAUGGCGGAGCGGAGUAAGGCGGCGGCGGCUGGGGCGGCGGCGGGCGAGGCUAUGGAUACGUCGUAG